CCAGCUUUCAAGAUAUCAAAACAUUCCCUUCCAGCGAGAGCGUUGGGACUUAUCGCGGUAACGCGAUCCUUUUUGGCUCCUCCACCGUCUGCGAUUGCUCUUCUUCCGUCCGCUUGCUCCUCUGUGGAUUCUCCUCACAAUCCAUUUCUUCUUCUCGCUGUUAAUCUCGCUGACAUCUGCGCCGUUGCCGAGUCACUUGAUUGUCCCUUCGGGUGGGGGGGGAAUCAGUUCUGCACCUGGAGUCCAUUGGAGGGAAGAAUCCUCAAACUUGGACCCCUCUGUUUGUACAAAAUGUGUCCUAUGAAUUGUAUUGAGUGGUGACUUAAGCAAAGUUGCUUCCCAUGAAGAGCUUAAAUAAAAGCUGCCGUUAGCCACAAAGCACGUGCACUUUUUCUUGUCCGAGUCACCAGGCUUUGGUCCGUCAGCAUCAUGUCAGGCACUUACUGUACCUCCGAGGAAUUCUCUGUCCCCGACAGUUGUUGACACAGCCGCAUUCUUUCUGCCAACCCCUUCCCUCUGUAAUUUUUUUUUUUUUCAAAUAUGGGGAGUCAUUCCCCCUCCCUGCAUCCCGAGGAAAACCUGUGGUAGCGCUCAGCAACUCCACCCUCGCAGACUGUUUCCCAUCAGCCCGGCUCAUUCCAGCCCCUGCAGGCUCGCGGUGGACAUCCACAGGCCGUGAAAUAACCUCUGACUGAGAGGAUCUCCCAGAGUCCUGCUGUGACCCCCAUCCUGACAUGGGGAAGAUGUACUAUAUCAGCAAGAACGUCGGACUGGUGCUUCUGGUGUUGGCCUUGAGCGCCCUGCUGACCAUCAUCGCUUUAUCUGUGGCCUACAACAAGGAGAGGGUUAAGAAUCGAGUCGGCACCAGAAACCAAGCGGUGGCGAACAGCACCACGGACACAAGUAACAGCAGCACCCCUGCACCUGUCUCAAAGGAUCCGUGGGACCAGUACAGACUCCCAGACUUGCUCGUUCCCACCUCCUACAAUGUGACUCUAUGGCCCCGCUUGGAGCCCAACUCAGACGGCCUCUUCAUCUUCACUGGACACUCAGCGGUGGUCUUCAAAUGUCUGAAGGCGACCGACCUCGUCCUCAUUCACUCCAGCGAGCUCAACCACACAUUGUUGGACGGGCACCACGCUAGGUUGACUAGGUUAGACGGAGCCUCGGUGCCGGAGAUCCGGAAGUCGUGGCUGGUGGUGGAGACGGAGUAUCUGGUCCUCCAGCUGAGGAGCAGCCUCGCUCAGGGGGCAUUUUACGUCUUGUACACAGAGUUCCAGGGAGAGCUGGCGGAUGACCUGGAAGGCUUCUACAGGAGCGAAUACGUUGAGGAUGGCGUGAAGAAAGUGGUUGCCACCUCUCAGAUGCAGGCAACGUACGCCAGGAAAGCCUUCCCGUGCUUUGACGAGCCCGCCAUGAAGGCCGUCUUCAGCGUCACCAUCAUCCACGACCGGGACAAAGUGGCUCUGUCCAACGGACGACAAAUGGACGUCACAGACGCUGUCGUCGACGACACCGCGGUCCGAGUCACAACAUUCGAGCCCACGGCGAGAAUGUCCACCUACCUACUUGCGUUCAUCGUUAGCGAUUUUUCCUACAAAGAGUUCCAGCAACACAAGGGCGUGCAGGUCCGUGUCUGGGCGCGAAGAAAGGCCAUUGAAGACGGGCAGGGGGAUUACGCUCUCAAUGUCACCGGACAUAUCCUUCAGUUCUAUGAGCGCUACUACAACACAGCAUAUCCGCUCCCCAAGUCAGAUCAAGUGGCUCUGCCCGACUUCAACGCUGGUGCGAUGGAGAACUGGGGCCUGGUCAUGUACAGGGAGACGGCCCUGCUGUACGAACCCGGCAGAUCCUCCAUGGGAAACAAAGAUCGAGUCAUGACUGUCAUCGCCCACGAGCUCGCACACCAGUGGUUUGGUAACCUGGUGACCAUGCAAUGGUGGAAUGAUGUGUGGCUGAAUGAAGGCUUUGCGUCGUACGUGGAGUACCUGGGCGCUGACUUCGCCGAGCCCACCUGGAACAUUAAAGACCACAUCGUUCUACACGACAUUCAAAGGGUGAUGUCCGUAGACAGCCUGGCCUCUUCUCACCCCCUGUCCCGGCGUGAGGACGAGGUCAACAGCCCCGCUGAGAUCAGCGAGAUGUUCAGCAGCGUCUCCUACAACAAGGGGUCGGCGGUGCUCAGGAUGCUGUCCAGCUUUCUAAGUGAGCCUGUGUUCGUCAAGGGGCUCAGUUCUUACCUCAAAGCAUUCGCCUUUGGCAGCACCACAUGUUCGGACCUGUGGGACCAUCUCCAAAAGGCAGUUGAAAACACGCCAAACGUGCACAUCCCAUGCACAGUCCGUGACAUCAUGCGCCGCUGGACUCUUCAAAUUGGUUUCCCGUUGGUGACGAUUGAUACUCGGACUGGAAACAUCACCCAGAAACACUUCCUGGUGGACCCGAAUUCGGUGGUGGAGAGACCUUCUCAGUUCAACUACACAUGGUUUGUGCCUAUUCAGUGGAUGAAGACAGGUGUGGAACAGCAACAGUACUGGCUCCUUCAUAAGACAGACACCCACACUCGGAUGAGAGUGUCGGGACACCACUGGGUGCUGGCCAACACAAACGUGUCGGGUUACUUCAGGGUGAACUACGACGUUGACAACUGGAAUCGCCUCUUCUCUGUGCUCGAAACGGACCACCAGACUAUUCCCACCAUAAACCGAGGUCAGAUCAUAGAUGACGCAUUCAAGCUAGCAAGAGCCAAAAUCCUGGACACCACCCUGGCCCUGAGGACCACCAAGUACUUGUCCAGGGAGAGAGAGUACAUCCCGUGGCAGACGGCGCUGUCUAACCUCUACGACUACUUUGUGGUGUUUGACCGCACUGCUGUCUACGGGCCUUUACAGGCGUACACCCGCAAACUAAUCCAACCACUUUUUGAGCACUUCAAGACGACGACGCGCAACUGGACCAUAGUGCCUGAAACCAUCAACGACCAGUACAAUCAGGUGAACGCUCUCCACGUGGCUUGCUCUACGGGCGUGCCGGCGUGCAGGGAGCUGACGACCAGCUGGUUCAAGCAGUGGAUGGACAAUCCACAUCACAACCCGAUCCAGCCCGACCUGAGAGGCACGGUUUACCGCAUGGGCAUCGAGUACGGCGGCGUGGAGGAGUGGGACUUUGUCUGGACAAUGUUGAAGAACGCCACCCUGGCAUCUGAAGAGUCCAGGCUCAGGGUGGCCUUGGCUUGCACCAAAGUGCCGUGGCUUCUGAACCGGUACCUGGAGUACACGCUGGACCCGGCCAAGAUCCGCAAGCAAGACACCAUCUCCACCAUCUUGUACAUAUCCAGGAACAUCGUGGGGGCGCCUCUGGCCUGGAACUUUGUCCGAGCGAGAUGGAGUGACAUUUUCCAGAGGUACGGAAAAGGAUCGUUUAGCAUAUCCGGCCUCGUCAGCGGGAUCGCCAUGCGAUUCUCCACAGAGUUUGAGCUGCAGGAGCUGCAGCGAUUCAAAGAAGAGAACCUCCGUGUGGGCUUCGGCUCGGCCAACAUGGCCCUGGAGCAGACCAUCGAGAGGAUCUCGGCCAACAUCAAAUGGGUGACGGAGAACAAAGCCCGAAUGCUGGCGUGGUUCUCUGAGCAGUCCACAUGAAAGCGUCUGAAAAGAAACUCUUUACUGUGACUUUAGUCACCACCAUUUCUCACCAAAACCCCAAAUGGACAUCUGUUUCACUCGCCGCUGUUUGCUUUCUGUCCUGCAUUUCAAAAAGGUCAAAAAGUGACUUUAAUGAUGUGCUAACACGUAACCUUUGUCCCUGCAGCCUGUUCAUCAGCACCAAACAUGACAAGCUCAAACGGGCUCUUCAUGAUGUCAGGAAGGACAAACCACCUUCCCCAGGCUUCGCUACAUGUCCUAAAAUAAAGCCCAGUAGCUGUGCCAGCUAUCUGUCAGUCAGCUACAGAUGUGGGAGUUUGAUAGUUUUGUUUUUCUUAAGCAACUAGGCUAACCUGGCAUGAUGUUGCUGUUCAAAUGUAACGUUAGCACUGCUGCUCACAUCGCUAUGCUACUGUUGCUAACGUUUGUGUCCUUCUGUCCCGUCUCCUCGCUCUUCUUGGAGCCACACAAACCCAGCUCAUUAGCAUUAAAGCUACAGACACACAAAACAACGUGUUCCCACUAGGGUUGACUAAAAGCACUUUUAAGCCCCAAGGCAGACACACCUCCCGAGACAAUAGUGUGGGGCGUCUGACAAAGAAAAUGCAUCAGUCCUUCAGAUGAGAUCACUUGUGUUGCUGGUAAGAGAUAACCAUUCACACCAUUGUGUUUUUCUACGAGAGUAUUUGUCUUUAUUAGCUGCAGUGCCUCCUUAGCAAUUUCACUUGUUCAGUUGUUAUGCUGCAUUCAAGAAAGCUGGGAAAUUGGAAAUGCAUUCCAUCUAAUGGGGUUGAAGUUCAGUGUUCCUUUGGAAGGUUUGUGCAAAAAAGGCAGCUUUUGUCACAAUGCUGGUAAAACUCCAAAAUGUAAAAAGGAAAGCUCCAGCAGCCUUAGGGUGGAAAUCCUGUUUAUUUUUGUUCUUAAUAAAUCCAAUGACACGUUUCA